AUGACCACAGCUAAGCGAACUAUUGCCAUCAACCAGUAUGACAGCUUUGCAAUUGCAUUAACAUCGCUUUGGGUUGCUUUUAUUCUCGAUUCUCGGCACGGGCUUGGCACGCUGUUGUAUCUCAAAUGCAGCAUCACUCCAUUUAUCUUCAUGCUACUGAAUAUGAUUGGUGUGGGGUUUCUGUUGAUGGUUGACGCUGAGUGCAUCUUCAUACUUAGAACAAUUGCAGUAUGGGAACGGGAGAGAAGGUUUAUGGUGUUCAAAAUCAUCAAUAUGAUUGCCGUUUUACUCCCGAUUGACAUCUGCUUCUUUCAAGAUAUUGUCCCAUCAAUGGGAGAAUGCUCAAUCCCUGGGGGUAUUAUAUAUCUUGAUAUGAAGGCAAGGUCUUCAGUGAUUGCCAUGUACUGCUUGCUAGCUUUUGAAUUAUUGGCAUUGGUGCUAUAUCGCGGCUUCGAGAGUCAUGGUGGCUGGAAGAUCAAAACCCGUCUUAUGCGUGGUCUCAUCUGCAGCUUUGGUUCAUGCCCAGAUCAUUCUUGGAUGCAUACUUACUUGCUAAAUGGCACAGCUUUCUCUCUUGGUGUCAUCCUCGCCACAAUCUUCCUUCCGUUUUCAGUCAGACACAUGAUUGCAGAGUUCGUUCAAUCUUGCUUGGAGGAAGCGGUAGUUAUUAAUUGGACAGCAGGACUCAGGUCGUUGCUCUAUCUCUCUUGGUCACACAAAUGCACAGGGACUUCUGGAAUUCGGAUCGUGUUUCUUCUGGUAACAAUGGAGUGGAUCUCUCUCUCUCAGCGUUCAUGGCAGCAACCCCAGAUGUUGUGGCAGACAGGUGGACGCUUGAAGGAAUCAUAUUAUUUCAAUUAUGUACCCACUUGCUAUGGACUACUUCGGGGUUUUGAAAGCAUCAAAUACGUUUUUGGUAUGCAGCUCACUGGCUCUGUUCAGCCUUGA